UUGAUUCACAUUUUGUUGCUUGUGGAUUCUUGCUUGUUGCGCGGUUGCACACGUACUUUGGAUUUCCUUGUUUUGUUGGACUUUUUGUCACACUGUUUGGAAUUUGCCACGCUUUCAUAAGGUUUUAGAAUACAAUGUGUUUUUUAUUAAUAAAUUAUAUAAACUUAUCCUGCUGGGUCAACUCUGCUAGUGGGUCCUAAAAGCUGUUACCUGCCUGAGCGCACGUCACAGCAGGAGAGCAGUGGUUACCAACUCCUCUCACAUAGCAGAAGCUCUUCUCCAUGCAUCACAAUCUGUAUCCCUAAAGCAAAUUUUAUUAGGUACAAAGUGUUGUAUCUCAAUCUAAAGGAAUUUCUCUGAAAACACAAUGUUGGGAAUUUGCAGCAGAGCUCUGGUAACGGUGGGGAUGGUGAAGCCCUGUCACUUGGUUAAACCUGUAUCAGCAACUCUGGUUGCUGCCAGAAACCUGACCCAGCAGAAGGGACUGCCCAGUCAGCCUGUCCCCCCUCUGCAUCAGACCUGUGAGCUCUACCUCAGCAUGCUGGAGCCCAUCGUGGAGGAGGACGAGCUGAAGCGCACAAAAGAGCUGGUGAAAGACUUUCAGAAAGCAGGAGGGGUCGGAGAGAGACUGCAGAGAGGCCUGGAGAGGAGAGCACGCAACACUGAGAACUGGGUGAGCUACUACACCAACAGCUGUAGAGACAUUUUCUGGAAAAAGGUGCUAAUAUGUUCCUGGGAGUGACACAUUCUGUUUUCAUAUAAAUGCAUUCAGUAAAUCAUCAGUUUAUAACACACUCAGCACCUGGGACAGACCUUUAGAACAUCCUGCCAGCGAGGAAGCGCUCAGACAGUUUUGGUGGGAUCUCCAAGUUUAGAAAAUACAUCAUACUUAUCUUGACUAAAUGUUGACAUAAUGAUGUAAAAAAACAUUUACUUUGACUGCAGUUAAACCCCACCUGACAAAAGUUUAUUUCUCAUAAACAAACAUAUACAUCUCCACCUUCCAGCCGGAAGGUAGAGAUGGUGUUGAUAAAGCUGAUGGUUUGUGUUUGCGGGGUGUUUUGUAUUUGUUUUCUGGG